GGCGGAGGAGAGGCCGCUGGACCACCCGCCACGAUGAAGGUGGAAGCGGGGGACAACUCCAUGAUCAACCUGUCUGUGCAGCAAGUGCUGAGUCUGUGGGCUCAUGGCACCGUCCUCCGGCACCUCACCGAGAUGUGGUACUGGGUCUUCCUCUGGGCUCUCUUCUCCUCUCUCUUUGUCCAUGGUGCUGUGGGAGUAUUAAUGUUUGUGAUGCUGCAGAGGCAUAGGCAGGGGAGACUGAUCUCUGUCAUUGUGGUCAGCAUUGGAUUUCUGGGUUCUGUGACAGGAGCAAUGAUAACCAGUGCUGCAGUGGCUGGAAUUUACAGAGUAGCAGGAAAGAAUAUGGCUCCCUUAGAAGCUCUUGUCUUUGGUGUUGGACAGACAGUACUGACGUUAAUUAUAUCAUUUUCAAGAAUUCUCGCAACACUUUGAGACUUAAGUAGAAGGGAAAAAAAUCAACUAGUUUAAAGAAAUUCUUAAUCUGAGGAGAAGCUUCCUGAAAAUGGAUUCACCAGCUUGCGACCUUGAAUCUAGUGCGAGAGAAAGGAAGCUAUGUGGAACAUGCACUACAAAGCUGGAGGUUCAGUCAAAUGAGCAGACUGUCCUCUAGUGUCUGAACUGUUGUAUUUCUGCACUGCUCCUUACGUGCCUCAGUCAUAGGCAAGGUGCAAUCCUUGUGUGCGAAGUUGAGGUAAAGCACCUUGAAUAGCUGCCAGUCAGGUUAAUGCUGAGUGGUGGGAUCAUUGUUCUUAACAGUGUUGUAAUGAAAUAAAGGGAUGCUCCUGAAAAUUUCUGUACAUGCCAAAUUUGGAGUUUAAUUCUUAACUGUUGGCUGAGUAAGCUUUGAAGUUGCAGUUGUAGGAGGAUGCUGUGAGCAUACACUUGAAUUCAGGUAAAAUAGCAACUGACUUUUGUAUUAACACAAUCUCUUUGGCAAAAAUGUAAAAAAAAAAAAAAAAGUAAAAUUGAAGAUAUGUGCAGGGAAACAGCAAGAUUCAGUUUUCUUAAACUUCAGCAUUCGAAGCAACUGAACAACCGUUAGGUCUGCUUCAAAGAUGAAUUUUUGGGGCUUAAGAAUGACAGCUUUAACAACCCUUUUAGCACCAAUGUAAUUAGCACUAUGUGUAGAAGGGCUCAUGGCAGUUUUCUGAAGCUCAGCACAUCAUUUCUUCAUGGGUUUAGCUUGUUAGAAAUCAGUAGUUUUAGGAGACUGUAUGCGGGUUACUAAGUACAAUCUGUUGUGUAUUCACAAAUGAAUUUUAAGUUGAUGCUUUCCUUGAAGUUAUUUUGUCUUAAACUACAGAUAGUUACCAGCCCUUCUGAAAGUCUCAGAAAGGUUACUUGUUAGUAAUAAGCUCCCUGUAUUUAUUUAAACACUGGUAGGCCUCUUAACCCUACAUGUAUUCUUUAAAGAACACACAAAUAUAACAGACUUUAAGAGAAUACACCUAUGAGGAAAAUGGGAAGGGAUAAAAAUAUGGCCUGCUGGUUUUCUACCGAACAAAAAUGUUAAGUUUAAAAUAGUUACUAUACACCAAAAUUUUUAAAAUUGGGGCAGCACUAAUGUAUUUAUUACCUUGUUUCUGAACACUUUGUAUCUUUGGAAAGAUUAAGGUACCUAGGACUUUCAAAUACUUAGUUUUCAGUAGAGUUUGUGCUUUUCUAGUCUAAAAGGGACAGUAGUGUUGUGCAUGUGAAAUGUCUUAAAUAUAAAUGUUUUGGAGUGAAUAGAAAUUUUAAGUCUAAUUACUAAUUAUUUAUGAAACACAAAAUUUAAAGGACACAAAGUUCUGUGUGAGGAAUAAAGCAACUUUUAGAUCUUUCCUCAACUGAAUGCUUUUCAGCAGUUACUUUUUAAUGCUGGCAGGAAGAGUAAAUUGCUGAAAAGUUAUGUUGUUAAGAUGUCAAAAAGACUUUCAGGACUGUUGAAGCCACUGGGACCAACUGCAAAACUGAAAGAAUAUGGUUAAAAUAUAACUUGCAAUCCAGUCAUAUUGCCUAGUGCUUCAAAAUGUUGUAAUUAAUUAGCCUGUCUGCCUUCUUUUCAUUUCACAUGAACUGUUUUUGGUUGGUUGUUUUUUAAGUGCUAAGGAUGUUAAUAUUAUUUGUUUUCUUUUAAAGUAUAUAAGUCGUCUUUGGAAAAUGUAGAGAGUUAUGUCUUUGCAGGGAACAAGGUGAAAUACAGGUUUAUAAAUCUUUUCAGUGUUAUUUUUGUCUUUGAAUUGCUUUAAAAAGUGGCUGAAUACAUACCUUUUUAAUGUCUUCAAAAAGUAUAUUUUUCAUGGUUUUGGGGUUUUUUGGGUCUGUGGCUUUUGUGCUGAUACUUUCUGGCAUAUAACAGUGAUUGCACUUUAGUAGACAAUGAAAUUAUUACAUCUGUAAAAGACAAUUUAAACUUCUCCCCAUUGUCUUAAAUUAUGAGAAAACUGGUUUCAGGUGUUUAAGUCAAAUUGAAUAAUAAAAUAAUUGAAUUUAUUUCUCCUAA